AAAAGUUAAAAACAACAUCGAAGAGGACACCUUCAAAGGACGGUAAUACCAUUUUUUUUUUCUUUCUUCUCUCUUCCACAACUGCCUCUUCCAGAUCGAAUCGCCCCCCCUGCAAUCUAGGGUUCCGCAAAUCUCCUUAAACUCUUCCGAUUACAUUUGCUGAACCUCUCUUCUUCACGAUCUGCCCACGUCUCUUCAAGUCCUGCCACUAUUAUUUAACAUUUCAAAGUUUUGUACCGAUCAUGACGAUUGCUGAUUCGGGUGCCCUAAUGGAUAACGAAUCACUAUGCUUGCCGUGCACUCCAGAGGAAGAGCGAAGGAUUGUUAAGGAGUUAACAGAUAAGGCCGAGUUAUGUUUGAAAGAGGGCAACUUAUAUUAUGUCGUCUCCAACAGGUGGUUUACAAAAUGGCAGAAAUAUGUUGGUGAGGAAACUGGUGCAUAUCAGUUGGAAGAGCUUUCUAAUGAUAAACAGGCUUCAGCAUCUUCAAAAGUAGGCGAGAGACCAGGACCAAUUGAUAACACAGAUAUAAUUGCAAAUGAAGGUGGUCAUGAUGGCAAUGAUCUACAGCUUCCUAGAACACUUGUUGAAAGAGAAGAUUAUGUUUUAGUUCCUCAAGGGGUUUGGGAUAAGCUUCAUGGAUGGUACAAAGGAGGACCAGCUUUACCAAGAAAGAUGAUAUCAGUAGGAACACGGGAGACGUAUGCAGUUGAGGUGUUCCCUCUGGCAUUGACAUUGAUUGAUUCAAGAGACAAGAGUGAAAUAAUCAUACACAUAACCAAAAAGGCCUCAUUACGUGAACUUCAUAAACAAGUAUCGGCUCUUAAAGGGGUAGAAUCAGAAAAGAUACACAUGUGGGACUAUUUUAAUAAUGUCAAGCAAGCAGCUUUGGUGUAUUCGAAUCAAACCCUGGAGGAGGCUAACCUGCAAAUGGAUCAAUCUAUACUUUUAGAUGUGCAAGUUGAUGGAUUUAUACCAUCAGGUUGUGGCAUGGAUUCAACAGGAAAUGAGUUAGCUUUGGUUCCCAUGGAGCCACAAAGGUCAACCCGCACAAUAGCAGGUGGCCCAAGUUUGUCAAAUGGUUAUGCAACAGAUUAUGGUUCUAGUUUAUAUCAAGGAGUCACUUUAAGCUCAAUAGAUAUGGAAGAUGUACAUGAUUCUGUUAAAACUGGCCCAAAAAGAGAUAGAGGUUUAGCAGGAUUACAGAAUUUGGGAAACACUUGUUUCAUGAACAGUGCUCUUCAAUGUUUAGUCCAUACUCCACCUCUUGUAGACUACUUUUUGCAAGAUUACACCGAGGAGAUCAACAAGCAAAACCCUCUAGGAAUGCAUGGUGAACUUGCAGUUGCAUUUGGUGAAUUGUUGAGGAAACUUUGGUCAUCUGGUCGUACUGCAGUUCCUCCUCGUGCUUUUAAAGGAAAACUUGCACGUUUUGCUCCCCAGUUUAGUGGAUAUAAUCAGCAUGAUUCACAAGAACUUCUUGCAUUCUUGUUGGAUGGAUUACAUGAAGAUCUGAAUCGUGUGAAACAGAAGCCUUAUUUUGAGACAAAAGACUCUGAUGGACGUGCUGAUGAGGAAGUUGCAAAUGAGUUUUGGAGUUAUCAUAAAGCAAGAAAUGAUUCGAUUGUAGUGGAUGUCUGCCAGGGACAAUACAAAUCGACUCUGGUUUGUCCAGUUUGUGACAAAAUCUCAAUCACAUUUGACCCUUUCAUGUACUUAUCUUUACCUCUACCUUCAACUGCCACCCGUUCAAUGACUGUAACUGUAUUUUAUGGAGAUGGAAGCAGCUUACCAAUGCCAUUCACUGUAACUGUCUCAAAACAUGGCUGCUGCAAAGAUCUGUUCCAGGCUUUGUGUACUGCAUGCUGUUUAGAGAGUGAUGAAACCCUAAUUCUUGCAGAGGUUUAUGAUCAUGGUAUAUACAAAUUAUUGGAGAAUGGUGAUUCAUUGCAUACAGUCAAAGAUGAAGAAUUCAUUGUUGCCUAUCGACUCUCUAAAAAACAAUCUGAAUUUCCCAAGUUGGAGAUUUGCCAUAGAUAUCUUGAGAACUCAAAGGCAGGUGAGAGGAAGAAGUUCUUGACACCAUUGAUUACCUACUUAGAAGGUGCAAAAACGGGUGCUGACAUCGAGGUAGCAGUGAACAGAGUUCUUGCUCCAUUAAAAAGGAAAGCUUUUUCAUCCACAUCAUCAUCAUCAUCAAAUGGUCAAAAAGUCAACGGGUCGGCUUCAGAACCCAUGGAAGAAUCCACUAGUGACUCUCUCAUGGAGGACAACAAAGACUUUGAUGAAAAGUGUAAUGGGGAAUUAUCCUAUCUUUUAUGCAUAUCAGAUGAAAGGGGUAUGAGUGGCAGACCCCUCUUAAAGGAUACAGUCAUAAAACCUAACAAAAUGGUUAAAGUUUUGCUGGAUUGGACUGAAAAAGAACAUGAUUUAUACGAUGCAAAUUACCUCAAGGAUCUUCCCACGGUGAAUAAGCCAGGUGUCAGUGUUAAAAAAACUAAACAAGAGUCCAUCUCGUUGUUUUCUUGUCUGGAUGCUUUCUUGAAGGAGGAGCCUCUAGGGCCUGAUGAUAUGUGGUAUUGCCCUGGUUGCAAGGAGCAUAGACAAGCGACAAAGAAAUUGGAUUUAUGGAGGCUGCCUGAUAUCAUAGUGUUCCAUUUGAAAAGAUUUUCAUACAGCAGAUUCUUGAAGAACAAACUGGACACGUUUGUGAAUUUUCCAAUUCACAAUCUUGAUUUAAGCAAAUAUGUGAAAAGUGAAGAAACGUCUGCAUCUGGUGGGUCUAAUAUUUAUGAACUGUAUGCUAUCAGCAAUCAUUAUGGGGGGCUUGGUGGUGGCCAUUACUCUGCAUAUGCAAAGUUGGUUGAGGAAGAUAGAUGGUAUCACUUUGAUGAUGCACAUGUGACAGCUGUAAGCGAAGGUGACAUCAGGACAUCAGCAGCUUAUUUGUUGUUUUACCAAAGAGUCAAAACAACAGCUAAAACUAAAACUAAACCUAACAAUGGUAAUGGUAAUGGAUCAGUAUCUGUAUCUGUGGGAGAGUCAUCAUCCCAUUCCCAUUCCCUUGAGGAGGAUUUUUGAAGAUUAGACAACAACUAGUCAAGUAAUAACAAGAAAAGACCAAACUUAAACUCCCUACUCCUAUCUCAGAUUUGGCUGAUGAAAAAAAAAAUAUAUUUUGAUUUGAUGAGAAGUGGGAUAUGCAUAUGCAUAUAUGCAUUUCAGGGAUUUUGGGAUUUUAUAUAUAUAUAAUAUUUUUAUAUAUGUUGGAAGGAAGGAAAGAAGGAAGCAGCGGGUGGUGUAGUUAUAUAUAUUUGUUUUGACUGCUAUUGGAAUUGGAAACAUUGUUGGUCGGUAUUUAAAGGUUUUUUAUUAUCCAUUUUGCAUAUACUACUUGAUACUUUAUUCCAACAUCAUUUUAACUGA